UCCAAGAUCCAAAAUGGAGUUGCCCACUAGUGACACUUACCCUCUCCCAUCUUCCUCUCCUGUCUUCCCUCCCUACCCAGGCCCUCUUGGACCCUUCCCACCUCUGGUCUUUCUCUUUGGUCAGCUGGGAAUAAAUUGGGAGGGAGGUGGCCACAGAGGGCAGAGGCCUAGAAGGGAGGAGCCAUUGGGAUUAUAAAUUCCGAGAAGACCGCUCAACUCUCAGAGCUGGGUCCCUGGGAAUCUGCUGCUCACUGCUGGGGCUGAACCUUCUCAGAACCCUCACCAUGAAGCACCUCCUGCUGCUCACCCUGUCUGCCCUACUCUACUGCUGGGUCUCAGCUGACACUCGAUGUCACUCCUGCUACAAAGUCCCUGUGCUGGGCUGUGUGGAUCGCCAGUCCUGCCGCCUGGAACCUGGCCACAAAUGCCUGACAACAAACGUGUACCUUGGGAAGAUGUGGGUUUUCUCUAACCUGCGCUGUGGCACACCAGAGGAGCCUUGUCGGGAGGUCUAUAAUGAAACCAACCACAAGCUGGGCCUGAACUAUAACACCACCUGCUGUGACAAGGAUAACUGUAACAGCCCGGCUCCAAGGCCCACACCUGCCCUGGCCCUCAUCUCCCUCACCUCCUUGGCUGGCCUCGGCCUCUGGCUACUGCAUUGAGACUCAGCAUAGUUACGCUCUUCCCACCUGCUGUAGCCCAAGCCCUUCUCCCCGUGUCCUCAGAGCUCCGGCUUUCCAGUUUUCUCCUCCUCACCCCGGCUCCUUUUCUUCCGAAGAUCAUCUCCCUCGUCCUAUACCGUUUAUUUCACGGGACGGUGCCUCAGGGCCUUUUCUAGCCACUGCUCCUCUCCCUCACUUGUCACCUUCCACUCGAUUUCCCCCCAAGUCCUUUCCCAUUUCCUUCUAGAACACUCUACCUCCUCCACUGGCCACUAAAAAGGCUCCCUCCUCAGACGCACACUGCUGUGCCUCUGGGAUCUAGGUCUGGAAAAACUCCUGUCUUGUCUCCAGGAAGUGAUCCCCAAAGGCGCUGACUUCAUUGCCUGGGCCUGGCUCACCGGACCCUCUGCUCAUCUCUUUCUAUCCUGAGAAAUAAAUGUCAGCGCCUAAUAAA